AUGGCUGUACAGUCCAAGCUGGCUGUCCGCCAUGCCAUUAUCCUGUUCUUCGGGAUACAGGUUGCUGCAAGACCAGUUGUGGAUCCUAUCCUACAACCCCCGACUUUGCUCUACGACCGAUCGAAUGCAACCACCGAUACUCACGCAAAUCCCUCGCGUUCAAGUCAGAUGGUACCAGUUGGUCAGCAGGGUUUCCCUGGCGAAAUGCUACAAGAACGUGGUAUAAUGCCAGGCGGAUUCAAGGUCGAAAUGCCAGCUGGGUACGGCGCACCUGAGAUCGAUCUCUGGAAAAAAAUGGACUAUGGAUUCAUUCCCAUUGAGAGAAACCGAUCAGAUCAUUUUUUGGACUGGCAAACAAUCAAUGGCUGA